UCUAUUCACCGAUUUCAAAAUCACGGCGGAGGAAAAAACCCUAAAAAAAAAUGGAGAAUGAGACGAAGCAGAAGAUCGAGAGAACUGUGAGGGAGAUACUCAAGGAAUCAGAUAUGAAAGAGAUGACAGAGUUCAAGGUCCGUAAACUCGCUUCGGAGAGACUCGGUAUCGAUCUCUCUGAGCCGUCUCACAAAUCUUAUGUACGAGUAGUUGUGAACUCGUUCCUCGACGAAGAGAGAUCCAAGUGUCCUGAGGAAAAAGAAGAAGAAAAAGAAGAAGAAGAUGGUGGUGGUGGUGGUAAAGGAGGAAGAAGAAGCAACGAGUUUGAUGAUGACGGCGAUCUCAUCAUUUGCAGGCUAUCGGAUAAGAGAAGAGUGACGAUUCAGGAAUUUAAAGGGAAGACUUUGGUUUCAAUUAGAGAGUAUUACAAGAAAGAUGGCAAAGAGCUUCCCACUUCUAAAGGAAUAAGUUUAACAGAUGAGCAAUGGUCAACCUUCAAGAAAAACAUCCCAGCCAUCGAAAAAGCUGUCAAGAAAAUGGAAUCGCGUGUAUGAAGAAGAACAAUGUGGUACCUCACGACACAUGUGUGUCUGCUUAAGUAGUGGUUUCCAGUGUUAAUUGUCUCAUGUAACUGUUUCUUUUGUUUCUUUCCUGAAUUGGUCGUAAUGUGUUUCCCUCUCGAGGCCCCCCAGCAAACAGCUAUUACCCUGAGUAGGAGUAAACAUUUCGGUUUA